AUGUCUAUGUUUAUCUCACCACCCGCCUACGCGAAAGUUCCUCCUCGCAGACAGUACUUGGGUGCCAGCAGUGCUCUCAGCGCCUCUGCCAACCCCGAUGAGGACUGGACCAAGGGAUGCCCCCCUGUAGGCAAAAAGCUUAAGCGGCGUCUCGAGGACCUUGAGCACUGCGCUGGCUCUUCGGAUUAUGCCGAGUCCGGUAAGCAGCCCCAGAGGAUCAUCAAGUCGAAGCGAUCUUUCUCUUCCUCCAAACCACGAAAGUCGCAACCCGCUACCACCGCCAAGCCUGUCGACUCUCAGGGCCCGUUUACUCCUCCCAUGGAGCCGACUGACGAUCUAUUCUUCCCUGGCACCUAUGACGAUCGGACCCGCUCUAGGAGCCCUCCUCAGUUCGCUUGCUCGACUUACCCAGUUCCCGACGAGAUCGUCCUCGCUCUCGAGGGCUCCGCUCAGCCCUACCCGAUAAUGACCACCGCUGAUGACUAUCCUAACUACUUGUUGGCUCCUAUCUUCCCUAUGAUGCUUCCCUCGAUGACGCACUUUAGCGAUGUAGUCAAAUGGGAGUUAUACCUCGCCUAUAAUGGACUGACCCCUUACACUAGUCAUGGCUACAUGCCUCCCAUGGACUUUAAUGCUCCUAGCCCCUACGACUAG